CCUCUUCCUUGAGCUUUAGCGGUUUAUCUCGGAACUAUUCAUUGCCCUCUCAUUUCUAUUGAUGCUUAACUUUUUUGAAAACAGGGAAACCUAGAAAUGUCAUCGUCAGUCAAUCCGGAAGAAGCCCAAUGGAAAAACCCUAACAUUUACAGCCGCAAGGAAAAAUCCCUCGGUCUACUUUGCUCCAAUUUCUUGAAGCUGUGUGAUCGGGAAGGAGUGGACUCCAUUGGAUUGGACAAUGCUGCCGAUCAAUUAGGUGUCGAGAGGCGUCGCAUUUAUGAUAUUGUCAAUAUUUUGGAAAGUGUUGGGGUUUUGUCACGAAAAGCUAAGAAUCAGUAUAAAUGGAAUGGGUUUAGUGCAAUUCCUAAAGCUGUAGAUUUGCUUAAGAAAGAAGGACUAAAAGAUCAGUCCUCUGUCUCCUCCACUAGCCACAAUGUUGCAAAUGUAAUAGCUUGUAGUCAUUCAGAUCUCAAGGAAAAAGGGCAAGGCAAGACUUCUGGAUCACAUAAAAUUGACAACCGGAAGGAGAAGUCUUUGAUGAUUCUUGCCCAAAAUUUUCUAAAGCUUUUCCACUGUUCUGAUGUUGACUUGAUCUCUCUUGAUAAGGCUGCAUCAGCUUUGCUUGGUGAUAUGCACGAUCCCAUGGCUAUGAAGACUAAGACCAGACGCUUGUAUGACAUUGCAAAUGUUUUUGUGUCCAUGAAUCUCAUUGAGAAGAUACGUAGUCCAGAUAAUGGAAAACCAGCAUUUAGGUGGAUAGCCUGGAAAGAAAAUCCCAGGACUGGGUCCCCUGCUACUUCUAAAUCAGAUGAUUCAAAGAGUAGAACAUUUGGGGCAGAGAUCACAAAUACAAUUUCAAAAAGAUGCAGGGCUGAUUCUUCAUCUGAUCUAGUGUCAAAUGGGCAGGUAAAGAGGUUGAAAGUUGCAAAAGAUGAUGAAUUGAAAGAUAAAAAUCAGGAGAUGUCAACAGAGCGACUUAAUGGACAUGGUACAAUGGAUUUUGUAUUUGGCCCUUUUGGUCCAGCAAGUCUGCCCAAAGCAGGAGUUUCUGGAAAAGAAAAUUUGAAACAGACACAGAAUUGGGAGGAUCUAGCUUCUACAUAUCGCCCUCAGUAUCAGAAUAAGGCUGCAAGUGAGCUUUUUGCUCAUUAUGUUGAGGCAUGGGAGUCGUGGCAGGUUGAAGCUGCCAAUGAGCUGCACAAACAACAUCUGAAUUAAUGCAAUCUUGGAUCUCUUUUAUUUCAGGUGGCAUCGAACACAUUCAGCAGGAAUAUAUCUGAUGCUGUUACUCUCAGUUUCACUUGAGAGAUUAGUGGUUAUUGGUUGAUUAUCUCCUCGACACAUCUAUCAGUUGAGUAUGCAGCAUAUUAUCAGUUUGUGAUAUCCACACCCUGAUGCUAGUUCUGUUCGGUGCUAUUGUAGUUCCCAGUUUUAUCUGGAUGAGUUUCCACUUGCAAGGGCUGGAGCUUACUAGGUUGUAAAAGACAAAUACCUGAUGAUGUAUCUGUGUUCGAGUUCCCUCACUCCUAUUCAAACCUCUUGAAGCUUUCCAAACUGAAGUUGAUACUUCUAUUUAAAUUUCAUUGAGCUAAGUCGACUGUGUUGUAAAUAGUAUGCAGACAUCUUAAAUCUUUGCUUGUUAUCUCACUUUGGAAGGAAUGUACAUCAGCAAUUGAAAUUUUGUUGCAUUUCAUUGCAAGAGUGGAAGGCCGAAAAACUGUUUCUUCUGACAA